AUGGGGAUAUUGAGAGGUCGUGUUGACUUAGCCUACAGAGCAUCAAGCGAUCCAUUAAAAAUGCACAGAGCACUCCGCAUAGUGAAGCCCAACACCGACAUAUCUGGUGAUUACACGUGUGUCGUUUCAACAUUCAUGGAAGAGGAUUCAAGAACUAGGCAAAUGAUUGUUUUUGUUCCGGAGACGAAUUUCCGCCUGAUUCAGAACAAGACUGACGAUGAUACUGUGAACGUCAUAUGUGCUGCGGACGGAGCGUUUCCUGCACCAAACCUCACGCUAGCCACACCUGAGAGGAGGCUGGAUGGAGUUUCUCACGAAUUGAAACUGGUGAACGGCAGAUACUCGGCGGUAGCUUCGGUUACGUUGCUCGACGCUGUCCUUCCUUCACCUGCGGAGUUUAUUUGCACUCUCCGAAUACCUUUAGCAAAAUACGCAGUAAGGAAAGAAGCAAUUUACUAUCCGGGGCCCAUCAGCACAACACCUGAAAUGCCGACAGCGGCCGACAUGCAACUCGCUGCAGCUAUUGGCUCUAAAGGAACAAGCACGUGCACAGUUAUAGCAUUGGUUUUGCUGCCAGCUUUAGCUCAGUCGUUACUGGCAGUCAAAUGA